AUGGCUGAAUCCCGGUGGGCAGACUCUUCUGCUCAGGAACCAACAACUCUAGAAGAGGUACUUAAAGAAUCUCAAGCUGACCAACAAUGUGACUUGCAAGAUACUACCAUCAAGGCUUAUAAACCUCCAGUAAAAGUCCUCCUCAAACGCAACCCAAACAACAACAAUAAUAAUACUGGCUCAAACACUCCAGUCAGACGAACAGCUUCUCCUUCUUUAUCUUCUGUGGCGUCUGCGGGCUCAUCUUCCCCCUUAAGCUACGAUGACAAGCGCGGUGGUCGUGCAUCUCCAGCCAGCUCUGGAGCAUCAACUCCUAAAAAUAAUACUUCACAAGCUCCACCUCCAGCUCGCGAAGAUAUUAGCGUACGUGAACAAAAGUAUCUUAAAGCCCGUGAAAAGUAUUUUGGCCCAGAGUCUUCCUCUUCGGAUGAUAACGAUACAUCAACCGAUUAUGAGUCUGCAUCAGCAGCAGCCGCGGCUCUCAGCCAAGGCUUUUCAUACAACAACAAUAAUAAUAUGAAUACCCCUCUGGUUGAUGCCUCUGAAUACCACGAAUACUCUCGCAAUACUGAUUACUCCCGAAGACCUCAGAAACCUCAGUACCCAGCUUACAACUUUUAUUACCAAGGUGCACCAUCAGCUCCGAUCCCUCAAGGAUACGGUCAGUAUUAUAAUGGAGGCGGAUACCAGCAGCAAGUUAUCCAACAACAACAAACGCAAAAUCAAAAUCAAAAUCAAAAUCAACAAUUUGCAUUACUAUCACAACAGCAGCAACAACUACAACAACAUCAGCCAAACAUUGAUCUGAAUGGGCCGUACGGAGCAGGACCUCAAAUACAGCCCACACAAUACCAAGCCGGCGGGUUCCAGCAGUACGUGCCCAGUAGCAGCGGUCAAUUCCAGCAACAGCAACAACAGCAGCAGUACGGGUAUAUCAAUAAUAACAGUGUUAAUAACAAUGUUAAUAACAACAACUGGGGAGGAAAUGCAAUAGGCGGCGGGUCCGUAGGAGGAAAUAGCCCCAAUAAAGGAUACAAGAAGAAUUACAAUGGCAACAUAAACAACAACAUUGGUAUUAAUAACAACAACAACAACAACAACAGCAAUAUCAAUAACAACAGCAACAGUAACAGCAAUAUCAAUAUCAAUAAUAACAACAACAAUAAUAAUAAUAAUAAUAGUAAUAAUAUUAAUAGCAUAAGCUCAGGAAACAAUUGGAACCGAAAUAACAUGGGUUCAAAUGGUGGCAACAGUAGCAGUGGUAGCAACACCAGCGGGAUGAGCAAUAACGGAUACGGGCGACGGCAGUAUAAUAACAACGGAGGGAAGGGGUAUGGAGGAUAUUAUAAUGGCGGAUACUCCAACGAUGGAUAUAACCGAAACACAAGCUACAAUAGUAAUAGUCGGUAUUGA